CUGUGUCUGCCAUCUCGCUCACUCGGUUCGUCCCACAUGAAAAUGAAAAUUCAACGAGUUUGAAUGGAAAUUUUGUCCAUAUCGUGCUGCUAUUAAAUCUGAAAAUAAUUGCUAACUAAUUAGUCUACUCGAAAGUGCAAAUAACAGUGGCGAGUGUGUGUUGUUUUAGAAAAGAGUAGUAAGCAAUAGUAGGCAAAAAGGUAGCAGCAGCAGUGCAGGGCACCUGCUCAACCAACAACAACAACCACAGCAACAGUAGGAGCAGCGGGCACAAACCACCCACUCAAACAUGGCGCAUACCUCCACCAGCGGAACCGUGAAGACAGAGGAAGUCAAUUACUUCUUUCGAGACGAGCAUGGGCAAAUUGCCAAAAUGCUUAAACCGGCCCAAGUGAAAUCCGAGGCAAUGAACAAAACAGGCUUUGUUUAUGCCACCAGCAACAGCGGCGGUGGCGUCGGCAGCAGCUCCACUGCAUCGGCCUCAGCACGCAGCGGAAUUGGCAACAUGGGACGCAUGGGCGCCUUUAGUCAAAUGGGCUCAACCACACAGGGACAGUUUAUAAGUCUUCAGGAUAAUUGCAUUACGAUUCCAAAAAUCGAAAAUACUUCAUCAUACACAACUGUGUCAGCGCAGAAAGGUGGCAAUGUCGGCAUCAACAACAGCGCGAUAAAGGGUGAACGAUAUGUCAAAUAUACGCCAAACAAUGCCAAUAAAAUGAAAUCAAAACUGCACGCCAUACAGAACAGUCCAUUGGGUCAAAUGUCCCCCUCCACAUCUUCAGUACAAAGAAAACGUAAGCCUGACAAGGCUGGCAAGGGUUUGCGUCAUUUCUCGAUGAAAGUAUGCGAGAAGGUUGAAGAGAAGGGCAAAACCACCUACAAUGAGGUGGCAGAUGAUUUGGUUAAUGAGGAAUUAAAAAACAAUUCAUAUGAUACCAACUGUGAUCAAAAGAAUAUCCGACGACGUGUCUACGAUGCGCUCAAUGUACUAAUGGCAAUCAAUGUUAUAUCCAAGGACAAAAAGGAGAUACGUUGGAUUGGUCUACCGGCCAAUUCGGCGGAACAAUUUCUAGCCCUCGAAGAGGAGAAUAAUUUGCGGCAAGCGCGCAUCAAGCAGAAGGCCGAAAUGUUGCGAGAAAUGAUCUUGCAGCAUGUGGCCUUUAAGGGUCUGGUUGAGCGCAACAAGCGGAAUGAGAAUCAGGGUGUUGUCCCAUCGCCAAAUGCCUCGAUUCAAUUACCCUUUAUCAUUGUUAAUACGCACAAAUCGACCAAAAUCAAUUGCAGUGUGACUAACGAUAAAUCUGAAUACAUUUUUAAGUUUGAUAACACAUUUGAAAUGCACGAUGAUAUUGAAGUACUAAAGCGGAUGGGUUUGUUGUUGGGCCUGGAUAAGGGCGAGUGCACACCCGAGAAUAUUGAGCGGAUCAAGGCUUGGGUGCCACCAAAUCUAGCCAAAUAUGUUGAGGCCUAUGGCACUGGUAAAGGUGGCGAUGUGGCCAUGUGCGAUUCAGAUGAUGAUGAACAUGAUCUUAAUGGGUAUCCCGAGUCCACCACAAAUGAUUCUCAAAGCUUUUCACAGCACACAACACAACAUACCACCGAUUGUGAUGUGAAACAGGAGCUGGAUGAGGAUGAUGAGCUCGAGGAUGAUAUUGAUUGAGCUCUGGCAACGGGUAAUGAUGAUGAUGAUGGUGGGCAUGGUGUGGAGAGCAACAGAGAUGGGAUUACCAUAUUGGAUCCCAAUGCCAAUGGUAGUAGUACAGCUGGAGGGGAGAAUGAUGAUGAUACAUUUAGUUUAACGUUUAUUAAUGCUUUUUUGGGUCUGCCACGCCCACUUGGUUAGAGUAUCAAUCAGCCACGUCCUCCAGGAAUCAACACAACUUCCGUCGCUACCACCUAACUCUCUUUUUGUGACCAUCUCAUCUUCCCUCCCGCCCCUGCUCCUCAAUACCAUUGAGGAUAAUUUUGGUUUGUGUUUAUUUCUCAAUGACUUCAUAUAAAUUAAACAAUUUAUACAAUUAUUAUGCUAAUUCGUAUAUCAAGAACAACAACAGCAACAACAAAAACAAAACAAAAGAAACAUUUAUUAAUGUAUAAUGUAAUUGUAUAUUUAAUCCACAUACAUUAUUUUUCUUGUAUUUGUAAUCAUUUGAAGUUUUAUGUUUUAAGCGCAAAACGUUUUUAAAAAUUUAGUUUUUAUCUAGGUAAGCGUAAAAAGAAUUGUAUUUUAAUGAAAGAAAAUAUUUAAAACAAAA